CACCACGCCGACCUUUUCCCCUCUUUCUUGUCUCCCUCUUACCGGCCGGCGAGCUCCUCUAUACUCAAAAUGCCGGGCGUCACGAAGAACCCAGCGAAGCGCGUCCUCGGCGAUGCCUCGUCCUCCCGCCAGAACACGCAGGCGUCGCCCCGCUCGGCGAAGAAGCUUAAGCUUGACGAUGGUGCUACAUCGAAUGGAAAAGCGCCUGUAAAGAUUGCCAAUGGCUCAUUCAACGCGAGCCUGCAGCAAAAGAGUCGCUUUGAGGAGGAGGUUCUCGAGCAGAUGUCGCAGGACAUCGAGUCUCUGAAGCAGACCAACGCAGAACGAGACCAGCACUGGCAGAGGCCUCCUCUGCCCAAUAACUUCAACGAAAUGACGCAUGGUAUCAUCAUGCAGCAGAUAGAUGCCGAGGAGGGCGUGCUCAACGGCGGAAAGGGCACCAUCAAGCUUUUUGGUGUCACCGAGGACGGACACUCGGUAUUGUUCCACGUCACGAACUUCCUCCACUACUUCUAUGUUGCCGCGCCGCUGAACUUCCAAAAGAACGACUGCGAAGCCUUCGGAACCUACCUAGAAUCAGAAUGCCAGAAAGCAUACAACCAGCAUUCGGCCGUGAUCAACUCGGUCCAGAUGACAAUGAGGGAGAACAUUCUGGGCUUCCAGGGCAAUCAGAAAAGCCCAUAUCUGAAGAUCACUGUGAAUGACCACAAGAUGAUCAACCGGGUACGACAAACAGUCCAGCAAGGGAAUGCAAACUGGAAAGGCCUGUGGGGUAAUGUUCGGGAAAACGGCGGGUUGCUCACCUUUGAUAAUACCCCAUAUGUGCAGCGAUUCAUGGUUGAUACAAGUAUCGUUGGCAUGUCCUGGGUCGAAGCGCCUAUCGGAAAAUACAAGAUGAUCUCGCCGCGCGACCGGCAUUCGAACUGCCAGAUCGAAGCCCAAAUCAGUUACAAAGACCUAAUUGCACACCCGGCCGAAGGCGAAUACUCUAAAAGUGCACCGCUGCGCAUCCUUUCUAUGGAUAUAGAGUGCGCUGGUCGCAAGGGUAUCUUUCCUAAGGCUGAGAUCGACCCUGUCAUCCAGAUUGCAAACGUCGUGACGCGAUUCGGAGAGGAAAAGCCGUUCGUUCGGAAUGUGUUUUGCAUGGAUACCGUCAGCCCUAUUGCCGCUACACAGCUUUUCACUUUCGACGACGAGAAAGAGAUGUUGUUGAAAUGGCGCGACUUCGUGGAGGAGGUAGAUCCUGACGUGAUCAUUGGCUACAACACCUCGAAUUUCGACUUCCCCUACCUUCUCGAUCGUGCGAAGCACCUCAAAGCCACGAAAUUUCCAUAUUGGACACGGCUGAAGACCAAGAUGUCUGAGCACAGCAGUUCUCGAUUCUCGAGCGCACAGUUGGGAUCUCGUGACACCAAAACCACGAACACAAACGGUCGCCUCCAGCUUGACUUGCUCACGCUCAUCCAGCGCGACUACCAAUUGCGAAGCUAUACCCUUAACGCCGUGUGUGCCCACUUUUUGAAGGAACAGAAAGAAGACGUCCAUCACAGCAUGAUCACUGAACUUUACAACGGCGAUUCGAAUUCACGGCGAAGACUAGCAGUUUAUUGUUUAAAAGACGCGUAUCUUCCUCAGAGGCUGCUCGACAAGCUCAUGUGUCUGGUCAAUUACACCGAGAUGGCUAGAGUCACGGGCGUGCCCUUCAACUUCCUUCUAACACGAGGUCAACAAGUCAGGUUCUUAAGUCAGCUGUUCCGAAAGGCGCUGGAACAUAACCUGCUCAUUCCGGAUAUCGCCAAAGCCGGUGGUGGUGACGAUCAGUAUGAAGGUGCCACUGUCAUCGAGCCUAAACGUGGAUACUAUCAGAUGCCUGUCGCCACACUUGAUUUUGCUUCGCUAUAUCCUAGUAUUAUGCAAGCACACAACCUCUGUUAUACAACACUGUUGAGUCAGGAUAAAGUCAAGAAGCUCAACAUGAAGAAGGAUGAAGACUACAUCCAAACACCAAACGGCGAUUUGUUCUGCACAGCGAAAGUUCGCAAGGGUUUGCUUUCGCAGAUUCUAGAGGAACUGCUUGGUGCACGUAAACGUGCAAAGAAGGAGCUGGCUAUCGAGAAAGAUCCGUUCAAGAAAGCCGUCUUGAACGGUCGUCAGCUGGCUCUGAAAGUCAGUGCCAACUCCGUCUACGGUCUCACUGGUGCAACCAACGGAAAGCUGCCCUGUCUUCCCAUCGCCAGUAGUACCACCAGUUUUGGCCGUCAAAUGAUUGAGAAGACAAAGGCCGAGGUUGAAGCGAAGUACAACAUUGCGAACGGAUACAGCCACGACGCUGAAGUCAUUUACGGUGAUACUGAUUCCGUCAUGGUGAAGUUUGGCACGGCGGAUCUUGCUGAAGCGAUGAAAUUGGGUCAAGAGGCUGCCGACUAUGUUUCAGGGAAGUUCAUCAAACCUAUCAAGCUCGAGUUCGAAAAGGUAUACUACCCUUAUCUGCUCAUUAACAAGAAGCGUUACGCUGGCCUUUAUUGGACGAAUCCGGACAAGUGGGACAAGAUGGAUACGAAGGGUAUCGAGACUGUUCGACGUGACAAUUGUCGUCUUGUUCAGACGGUUAUCGAGACAUCUCUACGCAUGUUGCUGAUUGACAAGGAUCCUGAGGGUGCUCAAGCCUUCGUGAAAGACACUAUCGCCGAUUUGCUGCAAAACAAAAUCGAUAUGUCGAACCUCGUCAUCACCAAAGCGCUCACCAAGGAAGAGAACAAGCAGGGAGAGGGCGGUUAUCAAAACAAGCAGGCACAUCACGAACUUGCCGAGCGCAUGAAGAAACGUGAUGCUGGUUCUGCCCCAGCGUUGGGAGAUCGUGUCGCCUACGUCAUGGUCAAAGGUGCUGCUGGCGCGAAGAACUACGAAAAGUCCGAGGACCCGCUUUACGUCCUGGAGAACAACCUACCCAUUGACGUCAAGUACUAUCUCGACAACCAACUAGCCAAACCUCUAGGUCGUAUCUUCGAGCCUGUUGUCGGUGAGAAGAAGGCCAACAGCUUGCUCACCGGUGAACAUACACGCUCGAUCUCAGUUGCGGCGCCUACUAUGGGUGGGCUCAUGAAGUUCGCGAAGAAGACGCAGACGUGCAUGGGUUGCAAGAAGCCGAUGUCGAGUGCAGCGGAAAAAGAUGGCGCUGUCUGCGAAAACUGCAGGCCCCGUCUUGGCGAAUUGUACCAGAAGACGCUAUCCAAAGUCAGUGAGCUUGAGGUGAGGUUCGCACGACUCUGGACACAAUGUCAACGGUGCCAAGGGAGCUUGCACUGUGAAGUCAUUUGCUCGAGUAGGGAUUGCCCGAUCUUUUACAUGCGGAUGAAGGCGCGGAAGGAUGUGGAAGAUUCUGGGAAGGAACUGACCAGAUUCGAUAAGGACCAGGCGCUGUGGUGAGCAUGAAUUGCUCUGGCGAAAGGCGUUCUAUAGUGUUACUCUGCGUACGUUCUUUGGGGCAUUGCAUAAUGGGUGUCGUUGGGCGAAUGGAGGCUUCCACUGCUUUAUGGAUACCAGCGCUGGAGCAGUAUAAUAUAUCCUCAC